AUGCCAUGGAUCAAGAAGGUGAUUGACCAAGCAAAGGCAUUCACCAUAUUUGUCUAUGGGCACACAAGAACAUUGGAGUGCUUGAGACACUUCACAGAGUGUAGAGAGAUAAUAAGGCCAGGAGUGACUAGGUUUGCUUCAGCUUUUCUCACUUUGAACAACAUACUAGAGAAGAAGGACCAACUAAGAAAUAUGGUGGUUCAUAAUAGGUGGGACACAUUGAAGGAUGUGAAGUCAAAAAAAGGAAAAGAUGCAACAGCAACAAUAUUGAGUCCAACCUUUUGGAAGGAUGUGAAGCUCUAUUUGAGUGUUUUUGAGCCAUCGGUUAAAGUUCUUCAUUUGGUUGAUGGGGAUGUGAAGCCAUCAAUGGGUUUCCUAUAUGGAGAACUACUGAAGGCAAAGAGAGAGAUCAAGGAAGCCUAUGGCAAUGUUCACUAUGGUAACCCAUCAAUCUUUGAUGAAGCCACAAUAACAGAAGGAUUUAUCAGCUGUGUAGAGACUUUUUAUCAUCAUGAUGAGGAGAAGCAAGAUGAGGCUGUCAACACUGAACUAAAGAAGUUUCAAAACAGAGAAGGAAAUUUUAACAAGAAGCUUGCAAGGAGUUGUGAAAAAUUUGAUUACAAUCUAGGUAGAGCAUCUUGGUGGCGGCUAUAUGGAACUGAAACACCAGCUUUACAAAAGUUGGCAACAAGGAUCCUUUCUCUGACAUCAAGCUCUUCUGGUUGUGAAAGAAAUUGGAGUACAUUUGAAAUGAUACACACUAAGAAGAGAAAUAGGCUUACUACAACCCGACUCAACAAAUUGGUCUUUCUUCAAUUCAACUCCAAGUUGAUUAAUAAGAAAGAAAGGAUAAUGUCAAAGAAGACCACUGAUGUUCUCUUGUCUAGUGCGAGAACUGAAGCUCAAGGUUUUCUGUAUGAAGAUGAAGAUAAUUGUGCAACAGUUGUCUAUAGAGAUGAGGAAGAUGAGGAGAUGGAAGGUACAGGGAUACCUUGGUCUGUUAUUGGAGAUGCAGUGAUAGCAAAUCAACAACUUGAGCUGCGUAGAAGUGCAAGAGUGAGACAACUUUAUGAAGGAGAAGAAUUUGAGUCCGAAGAAGAAGAGUUUGAUGAGGAGGAUGAAUAUAUGGAACCCUAUUGA